GGUCAAUAUAUGCUUCAAGCUGGCCAAAUCGGUGAGUUCACAUAGUGAUUUUGCAUUUGGGUUCUUAUUCGUUGACCUCUCGGCAUCUCGCUUCGUCAUGCAUCGCGUUGUGGUUCUCUUCGCGAUCGCCGCCGUGGCGGUGAAUGGUUUUCUUGUGGCCAUGGCUGCCAAACGCACCGAGGACAAACGUAUGGACGCAAGAGGGAGGAAGACGCAGAUCUGUGUGUGUGUUGGUGUGUGUGGACAGAUGCGUCCGAAAGUAGUGGGUCUACGCGUCUGUCGCUCAUGAGCGACAUCAGCCGCGCAAAGACCAUGAUAACGGCCGCCAGCUCGAUGACCGCCGCGGCCCUCGAGGCCAUAAACAAUGCCCAGCACCACGUAACGAUGUUUCAGGAAGCAUCCGGCAGAAAAGCUGGUACGCCAUCCAUUGAAUUCCAUUGAUGACACAACACAUGUGUUGUGUUGUGUUGUGUGUUGUGUCGUGGGUGCAGAGGCCCAGUGCACCCCGUACAGGGGUGUAGUGUGCGGGUCGGCUGCUCCUGACGGCACGCCUUGUGGCAUCGACAGCUCCGGUCAUCACUGCUUCUGCCAGGGGGGAGUCUGCGGAUCAAUGACAACGUAACCAAGCGAACUGUUAGUGUAUUUCUGCUGUGUUGGUCAACUGUGUGUGUGUGCCUGUAUGUCUGCGCGUGUGUCGGACGGCAUCAGGUCGUGGGACUUUGCAGAUCUGGAGUAUGGUCCGGCCACCGGCUUGGACCCCAUCGGCUCGGGCUUACUGUAGAUAUCUGCACAGACAGACAAGUAGCUUCGGUAGCCACCAGAGGGAGGGAGGGAGGGAGGGAGCGAGGGAGAGGACACGUACGUGUGUGUUUGCGCGCGGUUGGUGGGGCCAAUGAAGGGCACAUGAUCGUUUAAUGUUCUUCUGUGUUGGUUGGCGGCAUGGCAUGGCAUGGCCUUUUUGAAUGUCUGGCUGCGUGGUGUGGUGUCUUCUUUUCCCGCUUUCCGUGAGUCUGACUGGAAACACACCCCCUCCCCUCUGCUUUCUCUUCUCCCCCACGUGUGGGACUCUCGCUCGGUUUCUCGCCCCUUGGUGCGUGUGUCCGUGCAUCGGUGUGCUUUGGCGGCGUGUCAGUGCGGUGGGAAUGGGGUGACUGGCUGAAUGGCGAACAGAGAGAGGCAUGACGGGCGCUGUGGCUGGCCGUCGUUGCGGGUGGUGCACUUGUGCUGCGCCAACCGACACACACAAGGAUGCGCACACCCAACACGCACGACUGAUCACCACACGCACCAUACCGCUCGCCAUCGCCUUGCUCGAGUUCCUCAAUGCCUGGGUGGCACUUUGGAUGCAUGGUGGUAGCUAAGGACCCUCACGGAGCAAUGAAUCAGCACCAAGGACAGCAAAGAAACAGGAAGGCUUCAUUCACUUUACGAAUAUUGAGUCACAUGUC